CUAAUGCAUCAUGCCAUUUUUUCCUCCCGAGGUGGCUGGCUGGGCGGACGACCUGAGCCCUCCUCCCUCUCUCGAGGUGACACAGUAAUGGCAGAAGCCGGCCUAGCCAGUGCUCCCUACCCCUUGAUGCACCGUCUCCGUGGCCAGCUCUCUGUCGACGCGGUGAUGAACAAGACGAGAGUUAGUUAGGCCGGUGGAUGUGCUCCAUGGGCGGCCGCACGACGCCGCUCUAGAUUCAUCCCCAUUCCAAGGAUGGUGCUCCGGCGGCCGGAUGGCGCCGCUCUGGAUUUCUAUCAAUUUCCAGGCCGGCGGUUGUUCGACGACAUGUGGGCGGUGCCUCCUCGGUGCGGCCACGGUGACCUCCAAGCCAUGCCGCCAGAACGCGGCGCCGGAAUCAGCGCGGACGUGCACAACUUCCCGUCGAGGUCAUCGACCAACCGGGGCACGUCACAUCUCCUUCGUCUUUGUCAUCGAUGCCAUGUUCGCCGAUCGAGUUGCUGUGUUGUGGAUCAGGUUCAUAAAGGACAACCUGCCGGCCACUUCAUCUCCCAUGUGAAUCAAUCACUGAGGGACUACUUCUUGCCAGGAGAUUAGAUUAGCUGUGUUUGGAGCAGUAGCCAUGUCAAGAUAUGAUCUACACAUUAUUUCUAGGGAUAGAUGCAGGUGAAGAAUCUUGGAGGAAUAAAUUUAUGUAUCAAGGGGUGUCCCUAUGGGAUUUUUUCAGCUGAUGUACCAGUUCCAUCUAAGGUCCGCCACUAUCGGCCAACCAACGAGUGAUCAUUACCCUGAAGAACGUACCUCUACAUAUGUGAAUAGCUACUAUCAGUCUAUCACUGAGCAAGUGCUAUCACCUUACUGUGUAUUACAAUAUGUUGAUAAGAGACAAGAUUGGAUCAGUAAGGGGGAGCUGGAGCUUAUUCAGACACCUAAAUAUGGAUCGGUGGGGUGUGCGGUUACUCAACUGGUUCCGAUUCAGAUAACAUGCAGGAUAUGCACCCUCGAGCUCUUCACCUCCCGCCGCGUCAGGUCCUUUAGGCCAGUGCGCGAGGAGGAGGUCGGGCGGCUGCUCCGCUCUCUGGCGCAGUCGUCGUCGUCGCAAGUGAACCUGAGCGAGCUGAUCAGCGCCCACGUCGCGGACUCAGGGGCGCGCGCCGUCAUCGGCAGCCGAUUUAAGGGCCGCGAUGCGUUCCUGCGGAUGCUGAAGCGGAGGAUAAAUUUGGUGCCGGCGCAGUGCCUGCCGGACCUCUUCCCGUCAUCGCGGUUGGCGUUGCUCGUCAGUCUGAUGCCGCGCCAGGUGAAGAGGGAGCGGCAGGAGAUGAUGGAUUUCAUCGACACCAUCCUCCGGGAUCAUCAAGAGAGCAGCAAUGACGAGGACGAGGACUUCCUCCACGUCCUCCUGAAGAUUCAGAAGGAGGGGGAGCUCGAUCCUCCGCUCACCGACGAAGACAUCAAGACCGUGAUCGUCGACAUCUUCAUUGCGAGCAGCGAGGCAUCGUCGACGGUGAUGCAGUGGGCCAUGGCCGAGCUCAUGAGGAAUCCGAGGGUGAUGAGUAAGGCGCAGGAGGAGGUUCGGCGAGUCCUCGACGGGAAGAACGAAGUCGUGGAGGAGAGCUUGGGUGGUCUGCGCUACCUAGACCUCGUCAUCAAGGAGGUACUCCGGCUGCACCCUCCGGCGACUUUGCUGCUUCCCCGGGAGUGCCGGCGGCCUUGCCAGGUCCUCGGCUUCGACGUGCCAGUAGGCGCGAUGGUGCUCGUCAACGCAUGGGCCAUUGGCAGGGACCCGGCGUACUGGGACCAGCCUGAGGAGUUCUUGCCGGAGAGGUUCGAGGGUGGCACUGCUGACUUCAAAGGGACGGACUUCGAGUACAUACCGUUCGGAGCCGGGCGGCGGAUGUGCCCCGGGAAGGCGUUUGGGCUGGCCAACAUGGAGCUCGCACUCGCCAGCCUUCUCUACCACUUCGACUGGGAGCUGUCGUAUGGGACGGAGCCCGGGAAAUUGGACAUGACCGAGCUGUUGGGGAUCACCACUCGGCGGCGCUUUGACCUCUUGCUCAUCCCGACCGUCCGCGUGCCAUUGCCAGCGAAAAAAUGAAUUUUCUUAGCGAGAUUCACCUCAGAGUACAGCCAAUGCUCCGGCAUCGUCGGAUUGGUGGAGAUGACCCGAGGGAGGAGGAAGAGAAAGGGGUGAAGUACUGAAGUCCAGUCGGCAGAGGUGAACGCGGCGGAGGUGAAUCGAUACUGUAGUUUAAGAAUGGUUUGGCUUCGUAUAAUCUCCAAUAUACAACUUUUUAUUGUUAUAGUAUUCGUGUGAAUAACGUUAAGAUAUAGUUUUUCAUACAAUAAGGGCAGCGCACAAAAUCUGAAGUGGCGCUUAUGUCAUUAUGUGGAGUGAAGAAGCGAGCUAAUGAACAUAAGAAUGUACACGAAAUUGCUGGCUUGGCAAUCCUCUGCGUCUUUAGACUAGUGUUCUUCAGAUAUGAUGUGCAAUACUGUUGGCACCAUCUGACAUAGAUUAGAUACCUAUAU